AUGACGUCGGCGCCUGACGCUCCCUUCGUGCUGGACUCCAACAACCUGUGGCUGGUCGGCAACCCCGACGGCACGAUCGCCGUGCUCGGCGGCCCCGACGUGGCGUACCUCAACACCCGCGACGUCACCGGCGACGUCAGCAAGUGGGCGGAGUCGGCUCGCAUCGGGACCACCACCACCACCACCCACCGUUCACUGGAACUCUUCGGCGUCGUGUUCAGCGGCCAGACGCUGGAGGAGCUGCGGAAGAAUCUGUACGACCACCAGGUGACGGUCAACAGGGAAGGAUUCGCGGUCCAGUGGCUCAACCUCAGCGGCGGCGAUGAGAAGGCGGCAAAGGAGGGCAGCCUCUACCGCCGCCUGAACGACCUCUUCGACUGGUCCGUCCACGGCGUGAAGGUCCCCGCUCCGGUGAAGACGGAGUGGGACCGGUACCAGCUGGGAACCGGGGAGCUGAUGGCGGAGGUGUCGGGGCUGGCCCAGCUGCCGGGAGUCGUGGCGGAGCUGGAGGAAGAGAACCAGGCGCUUCGGGACGAGAAGGACGUGGAGAUCCGUGAGCUGAAGAAAGGCGGCGGCGGCGGCGGGAAGGAUAAGAUGAUCGCUGCUCUCAGGGAUGCUCUCAAGCUCUUCCUCUGA